AUGCAGUACCACAACAUCAUCACGAUCCGUGGACGUUCAAUACUGUCACCGCCACUGAUUCACCCUCAUUACGCCUGGUACCAACGACAUAUCUGCGAAACGACACCACCAGCUCCUCUAAGGGAGAUUCUCAACCUUCACAGUAUCGACGCCACGCAAGUCAUGGCAGCUUUCACAAAGAAGAACGGCAACAUGGAUAACACAUCUUCGGACCACAUCAAUGAGCUCCCUACUGAACUCCUCGAGCACACACUUCACUAUCUACGAAUCAAGGACCUCCUUUUCGCCCAACAGGUUUGCCGCAGAUGGAAGGAGGUCAUCGAGUCUAGCAAGAAGUUACAGCAGGCGCUUUUCAUGGUUCCAGAGGAGCCGUCGGAAGGAUGGAUCUGUACCGACAUUAAGCAAUACGGAACGACCAUCGGCCUUCGAGUCGAUGCCGUCGCCUCUAAGAGAUGGCAGCGCUACUCCAGCGACUUCCUGAGCUACAGAUCCAUCGAGCGUGCACUGCAGUCAGAUCCCAGCGUCAUCUGUCGACAAACAUUCUGCACUCGAGGCCGCGUCAACGAGCUCUUCGCUCAUGCCAAUGAUGAUUCGGACAUCGAUAUCGAAGACGACUUGUUCUGGACUGAGGGCUAUAUGAACACCAUCAUCGACUUCCCGAAAUCACCUUUCGCCAAACUGCCUUCUAAGUACCACAAGAUGCUUCUCGUGCAGCCGCCGAUGGUCGAGCUAGAGGGCGAGAUGAUCUUCAAUCUCGAACACCACCCGGGAAAAGAUACCCACGUCGCAGGUCCUUCUUGUACAAGUCGGAAUGUCCACCCCGGUGAAGUUGUACCGGGUAUCAACAACAGGGAUGGCCCAUAUUAUGCGGAUGUCUAUGCCACCGUCAGGAAGUCGGAUGGCAUCACUCUUGGGCAUUUCCUCGAUGCAUUCAAACUCGCAGAGACUGACAGAUGGGCUGGUGCUAGUUGGCAGACUGGUUGGUUGGGACAGGUCGGCCACAAUCCAUUCUGCCCCUCGCCAGCUGAUGAACUUCAACUGCUCGAGCUCGCUGCCGAAGAGCAAGGAAUGGAGCGACUGUCGACCGCCAGCAAGAAGGAGGUCUGGGCAAUGAUUCACGGCGAAUGA